GGGGGCGGGCGUUUCCGCUGUGGCCGGGCAGCUUGUUGGAUGCAUGAUGCCGUCAAUGGGGAGGUUGCCUUGCACUGUCGAAGAGGAAAAAAUAAUCCGUGUGGACUAAUCCAAGCUCUUUUCCUCCCUGCAUUGAUCGUUGGUCUAAUUUUUAACCGCCCCGACGAUCUGUGUAACCAGCAAGAUGAAGGACGUUGAGUUAAGAGGCAUGGUCUCCGCGCAUACAAUUCUUAUCCUCUCGGUCCUCUUUGCCACUUUUGCACCUUCCUUGUUUCUGGAUGACUUUUCUAUCAUUGGGACGCACCUGCUGUGGCUGUGCAUUUGCUCUGCUACCGUGGCGGCUGUUAGCAUCAUUGUGCAUUCACUGCUGGAAAUGAACGCUGUACCGAACAAAAAGAAUUCUUUCAGUCACAAGCUCUCAAAGACCAUGAAGUCCUGUUUGUUAUUCUUGACUUCCUGUUUAAUGUUUCACGGGAUUAUCGUACUAUAUGGAGCACCAUUACUAGUGUCCUUCAAGGAGACUUUUUUAUUUGCUGUUCUAUUAUCAACCUUCACAACAUUUCGAUGCCUAUGUGUACGGGGACCCAAUGUGCAGGCAUGGAUACGUGUCUUCAGUAAAAACGGGGCUUUGUCUAUUUGGGAUACCAGUCUUCAGAUCACCACAAUUUCCACUUUGUUUGGGGCUUGGCUUGGAGCGUUUCCUAUUCCACUGGACUGGGACAGGCCUUGGCAGGUGUGGCCAAUUUCCUGUACACUUGGAGCAACACUUGGAUUCACUGGCAGUCUUGUCGUCGCGCCUUUGUGGAUAUACUGGAACAGGAAGCACCUCACAUACAAAUGCAGAUGAUUUCAAGUUGCCGAAAAUGCUGUAAUAUUUGGUUAAACUAGCUCCAUUUUGUACUGCAUAUGUGGGCAUUUGUCAUCCUUCCAAGGUUAUGUUUGCAGAGUUAAACGUCUACUUGAACGCAUGUGUUCCAAGACAAUAGAUUUUUUGUGGAAAUCCUUGGAUGAUUCGCUUCCCGAUUUCAAGGGGAAAUAAAAAUUGUAACUUGCAAGUGAAAUGACCCCUGAGAAUCUUAACAUUGUACCUUCCAGGAAAAUAAAUUCCUCCAUAUGAUA